AUGGGCGGAAGUGAUAUCCACGACUAUGAAUCAGAUAUAAAAAACCCUCGGAAGGGUCAGUCCUGGCUAGAUGGUCGCUUUGUCGAGAAAGCAGAUCAUGCCUUUGUCCUAAAGGCCUGCAAAGCUGCGACAAUCGGUGUCAUUCUAUUCGCAAUACCCGCGUCUAUCCAGAUUCCUCAGACCAUGGCCUACGUUUUGAUAGCCCUUGGUGCUUCGUGGGCAUAUACCACUCCUCCAAUUCGACUCAAAGGACGGCCAUUCCUGGACUCAAUUUGUGCUGGAACGCUCUAUUGGUCAAUCUGGGCCAGCGGCUUUUGUUUAAGGGAUGGUGAAGGAAGCACUAGCUUACAGGGCUCGAAUCCGAGUGUUUGGAUUUUCUUCUUCUGCGCCGGCUUGCAGAUGUUUACUGCAGUUCUUGAUCAGAAGGCAGACUCUGCCGCUAGUAUUCGAACAAUAGCAACAGCCUGCGGUGAACGGAUGGCUGCCUUUUUAACGGCGAUAACCUUGUAA